GUCGCAUUUUUGCUCCUUUGACUGCACAGGACUACUCGUCCUGAUGUCGAUGUCGUUAGUCCAAUUAGUUGAAAACAUGCCGCUGUCAGCGCCGCUGCACAAACUGCUCUGCCUGUGCCACAUUGUCAGCUGCUUCGAUUACCAGAAGAAAGUGUGCCACCUGCUGUGCCUGCACAAUCUGCGUUACAAUGGGGACACCCAGAAGUUCGGCUUUGGACAUCAGGUGUUCAUCUACUUUGUCUACUUCUGGAGCCUCAUGUGUCUUCUCUUGUACUUUCUCUUCCUCGAUGGCUUUGUCAUCGAUCGAGGCAGUCUGUACAUCUACAUACUGCCCUGCCUUUACUAUAUACACCUGAAGAAAUCCCUGCUUCGGACUUUGAAUGAGAUGGCCAAGGUUCACAGGGAGCUGCAAUUCACAAUGGGAACUUUGUUUUGUGUGUCCGUAAAGAGGUCCUUUUGCUGUUCCCUACUGGUUUGCAUUGAACUUUUAUUCGUUAUCUACUGGCAAAUGGAGUCCUUGAAAAAUGAUAUCCAACGCUGGACUGUAUUUACCUGUCUGCUGGGUUGGCAUCUGCAGCUUCUGCUCCUCGUAAACAGCUACAUUUGGCUGCACUCCAUCUACGUGGUUGUAAAUCAGGUAUUGACGGCGGAGCUCAGGAAUAAACAGCGCUGGAAAAUGCUCAAGAUUGUACUGAAAGAACACAGUCGCUUGGGGAAGAUUCAACGAGAUAUAUCCCACUAUUUCAGUGUCUAUAUAUCAUCUGUGAUCUUGCUCAUAUCAAUCAUUUUCUACAGAUCAGUAAUCUUUGAAGCCGGCUUCGACUGGGAUCAAAAUCGAUUGGUGUUGCUGAGAUUGGAGAGUUGGCAGAUCAGAUAUCUCUUAAAUAUAGUCCUCCUUAUUGGCACUGUAUUGAUGGUUGUUUGGGACUAUAAGUCGCAAAGGGACAAGUUCCUGAGGGGACUUUGGGAGUCCCAGGAAAUAUGUCAGAGGACAUGGGAUAGAAGGAGUACAAAGCGCUGCAAGCAGACCCAAGACAUGAUGGAUAUGAUGAUCCUAACUGGAAAUACACCUAGAUAUAUGAUCUGCACAAGACUGAUUCUUUGGGAACUUAGGAUUAAAGAGGCCACCGUAUUUACCCUGGAGACCGCUUUCUUCACGAACUACUUUUUACUGCUGAUGAUCACAGUGUUUCUUAUACUUAUUGUGGCUAUAUCGAAUGGAUUUGAAAUUAGCUUUGAGGAAAAGCUCCUAAAUUACACAUACUUCGAGACAUAUUCAGAGGCUUCGGAGGCUAUGAGCCUAACUAUCGAGAACUUAACGUUGGAUACCUAUAUUUUGAGCCAUGCACUGGGCGGAUAAAAUCAACAGAGGCCAAUCGUUCGAGAAA